CCCCUGAGCUUGCAGCGUCUCCAUCUCUUCGGCGAGGCCCCCUCCGGCUUCCCCGGCAGGCACCCGGGACCGAGCUCCUGCGUGCACCGCGUUCCGAGGCGCGUGGAGUCAACAUGGCUGGGCCUGAAGAAGCAGCCCACAGAGGGUGUGACAACCAUCCUCCCUUUGUUGCUGGGAAGUCUGUACUCCUCUUUGGACAGAGCCAGUACACAGCAGAUGAAUACCAGGCCAUCCAGAAAGCUCUGAGACAGAGGCUGGGUCCAGAGUACAUUAGCAGCCGCAUGGCCGGAGGAGGUCAGAAGGUGUGUUAUAUUGAAGGUCAUCGGGUAAUUAAUCUGGCCAAUGAGAUGUUUGGUUACAAUGGCUGGGCACACUCCAUCACCCAGCAAAAUGUGGAUUUUGUUGACCUCCACAAUGGCAAGUUCUACGUGGGAGUCUGUGCAUUUGUAAAGGUGCAGUUAAAGGAUGGUUCCUAUCAUGAGGAUGUGGGCUAUGGAGUUAGUGAGGGCCUCCGGUCGAAGGCCUUGUCACUGGAGAAGGCCAGGAAGGAGGCUGUGACUGAUGGGCUGAAGCGAGCACUCAGGAGUUUUGGGAAUGCACUUGGAAACUGUAUUCUUGACAAAGACUACCUGAGGUCACUAAAUAAGCUUCCACAACAGCUCCCUCUUGAUGUGGAUUUAACUAAAACAAAGAGAGAAGAUUUUGAACCAUCUGUAGAACAGGCAAGAUAUAACAGCUGCCGACAGAAUGAAGCAUUGGGACCCCCCAAACCACAGGAAGCAACUUCCCCUUGCAGACCAAGCCACCCACAUGAUUCGAACAUUAAGCUUCAGGGGGCUAAGGACAUCAGCAGCUCCUGCAGUCUGGCCGCCACCUUGGAGAGUGAUGCCACUCACCAGAGGAAGCUCCGGAAGCUCCGGCAGAAGCAGCUUCAGCAGCAGUUCCGGCAACAGAUGGAGGCUCACCAGCAGAGCCAUGCACCUGCCAAAGAGGUGGAAGCCAAGCAUGAGGCAGUGCUUCCAGCCCCUCCAAAACACAGCACCCCCGUAACUGCAGCCUCAGAGCUCCUCUGGGAGAAAGUCGUCUUCCCAGAUAACCUUGAAGAGAACCUUGAAAUGUGGGACCUUACUCCAGACUUAGAGGACAUCAUUAAGCCCUUGUGUAGAGCAGAACCACCCCAAGCCUCUGCCACUCGAACCCUCAACAACCAGGACAGCGUCCCACAUAUCCAUUGUCACCAGAAACCACAAGAAAAACCUGGACCUGGGCACCUGCAGACCUGCAGCACCAACCAGCAUGUUCUAGGUAGCAGAGAGAACUCUGGACCUCAUAGGAAGAACCAGGACCUGAAGAAAAGAAAACUAGAUCCAUCCUGAAGCUAAAGAUGUUACUAGACUGUCAAAAAAGGACUUUGGAACACUGCAGUUUGGUCACAAAAUUGUUCCACCUUGGCUCAUGCUGAAUUCUUUAGAGGACUUGAGAGGAAGCUAACUACUUAAGAAGGUUGUCAUACCCCAUGAUGGGAAGGAGGCCAACAGAUAAACUUUGUUCAGUAUUAUUCACUCCUAAGCCGAUUCUAGGACCUUGCAGGCUGCCUUUCUUUUAACCAUAUAGCCCACCAAGCCACAGCAUGACUGUUACCUACAUUAAAUCAUGUGUGACCUUAUCUUUCCUUUGGCUUCAGGUUUUUAAUGUUUUCCACUAAGUGUUGCUAUCAACAAGGUCAUGU